AUGGCGGCAACAGCAACCAGGACCCAAAUUCAACCCCCAAACACUUUGCUCAAACCUCCACAAAGAUCGAACCUUGUUUGUUUCUCUUUUGCUGCGUAUUCCAAGGCCCUUAUCCACCAUCUCCAAUCCCUCGACAUCCCCAUCCUCCCGGGUUUAACCGACCAAGAAUUCGCCUCCAUCGAAUCCACUUUCCGCUUCACUUUCCCUCCCGACCUUCGUUCUAUACUCCGAGAAGGCCUCCCCGUCGACCCUUCUUUCCCGAACUGGCGAUCUUCAUCCCCUCAGCAGCUCAACAUUCUCCUCAACUUUCCUUUGUUGUCUCUUUCCAAGAAUAUUAAGCUGCGCAACUUUUGGUCCGACUCAUGGGGGCCUAAACCUCCGAAUCCCAAUGAUGCUCUGGCUCUGGUUAAAAAAUUGUUUAUGACGGCGCCUCUUUUAGUUCCCAUCUAUCGAAACUGUUAUAUCCCUUCGACGCCGAACGUGGCGGGAAACCCUGUUUUUUACGUUGAUGGGGAGGAAGUUAGAAUCAUGAGCUUUGAUGUCACUAGGUUUUUUCAGGAAGUUGAUUUUUUUAGAAGAGGUGGGGUUUCCAAGCCUUUCAUGAGGAGGAAAAGCAAUGGUGUGAGCAACAAGGUGCCGGCUUGGGCGGCGACAUCCGCUCGGAGGAUUGAGUUUUGGACCGAUGCGGCGGAGAGAGGGAGGAGGGUGGUGGCGCGUGGGGUGACCACGGGGUGGUGGAGUAAGGACGACUUCGGAUUGGGCGGAUGUUUGGAGGAAGUGUUUUGGAGACUGCGAGACGGAGGGUGGAGGGAGGAGGAGGUGAGGGAGAUGAUGAUGAUGGACGGCUGUGAUCACAGCGAGAACAAAGAGAAAAACGCGACCUCGUCGUUGCGGGUUUUGUCGGUUGUGCUGUUACGCGCGGGAUGGUGUAGUGAAGAUGUGGUGUACUCGCUUGAUCUCGACGACGACGGUGAAGAUUAG